UCAUCCACGAGAAUGAGUGCACAUCUUGCGGAAGACUUUGAGGCCCACGUGACGGCUAUUCAAGCCGCGGAAGAGGAGAGGGUUGCUUGGCUCAAGGGCUUUGCUGGUCAACUUUCAGAUGUCGUCAGCAAGUACCGCGACGCAACUCGAGAUCUCGACAGCGAAAAGGUGGCGAGGCGUUUCUCCCAGCAGGAAGCAGAGGAAUGGCGAGCCAAGUUUGAAAGGUUGCAGAGGUCUAUGGACCAGAGCUCGUUUGUGUUGGUACUGAUUGACGCCGACGCCGACUCGUAUAUUUUCAAGGAUGAAUACUACUCAGCUACCGAUGGCGGAAGGAAGGCGUCUCUCGAUUUGCGAGACAGAGUUCGUGCCUUUCUUCAAUCAGAGAGGCCGAAGCUGGCGAACCUCCCCAUCGUUGUCAAGGCCUAUGCCAAUGAGCUUGGCCUAUCGCAGUUUCUCGUUGCAUCCAACAUCAUCAAGACAUCUCAUGAUCUGUUGGAUUUCGCAAAAGACUUUACGCAGGCGUCCGAGACAACCGACUUCGUCCUAGUUGGAAGCGGCAAGGACCGGGCAGAUAAGAAGAUUCAGGGUGUGUUUAAGCAGUUUGUCGGAAAUCCCACAUGCCGCCAUGUCAUCUUUGGAGCGUGUCAUGACAACUCCUAUGUUCGACUGUUGGAAGAUUACGCCAGCGACGAUUCUGUAGUUGAGCGGGUCACUCUUCUUCACGGGUUUAGUGUUGGACGCGAGUUCCGCCAACUGGGCUUCAAAUCCAUGGCAAUGAAUGGUGUCUUUAGGGAUGGGCCGGUACAGUCUGAGCGGCCACAGACACGUCAGCCUCAACCCACGUCCCAGCCAGUACCCGUUUCGACCACGCCGACCUGGGCCACUGCAUCCGAGUGA